GUGGUGUCUCGGAAACCCCCUAAACUGUGCUACCAGUGCGGCAAAACCAUCAUCGGCACGCUCGUGCGCGCCAUGGACAGAAUCUACCAUGUCGACUGUUUCCGCUGCCACGACUGCGGCAACCCUUGUUCCAACAAGUUCUUUGCCGCUGACGUGCAGGUUGGGGGCCACGCGGUUCAGGUGCCGCUCUGUGAAUAUGACUAUUUCAAGCGCAUUGAUCUUAUCUGCUCCACCUGCGACAAGGCCAUCAGAGGCUCCUACAUAACUGCUGUGGGACGCAAGUUCCACCCAGAGCACUUCUUUUGCGACAUCUGCCACAGAGUGUUUGACUCGGAGGACUACUAUGAACACCAGAACAAGAUAUAUUGCCAUUACCACUACUCCAUCCUUUACGCAGCACAAUGCGAGGCGUGCAAAUCUGCAAUAUUGAAACAGUACGUCGAACUCUACAGAGGUGGCCGCGAGCAGCAGUGGCAUCCGGAGUGUUUUAUGGUGCACAAGUUUUGGGGUGUCGAUGUCACUGCCGAAUGUGUCGGGAUGUCCGAACUGGGAGCGAAGACCCUGAGCGACACAGAAGCGAAAAAAUCACUCACGCCUCAAGAGCUGUUCGACCUCGAGAAAAAACUCGAGCGCAUGACCAUGUCGAUCUGGCUCACGCUAUCGGAGUUUGAGGAAGGCUGUGCAUCGUGCAUCUCCGAUAUGCUGCACUCCGCAUCGACAGGCAACCAACUGGGCGGACUUUUGGUUACCGGCCAGCUGGUGCUCAAGAUCGAAUACCUUUUCCGAGGCGUCGACAUCCUCAACGAUCUGUUUGAGUCUUCCAGAAUCCGGCUCGACUACUCGGCGAACCACAAGCUCACGCCGCUCAGCAAGGAGCCCCGCAGUAUGUCCUCAAAAAUUAUGUCGUAUCUGACUUUUUUACGCGACACCGACAAAACAAAGCUGCUGUCAAACACCCACACACAGCAGCUGCUCUCCUUAAUUUCCACCUUGGCACACUACAUCAAGCUGAUCUCCAGAAAUACCCUCCUACACGCUCUCGAAUACAACAAAAUCAGCCGUUCCUCGCUUGCCACCGACAGAUACCUUCGCGAGAUCUCGAGCCACGACUCGAUCCCCCAGGACGUGUUUUCGGUGCUCGGGAUCCCACCAAACGCUAAAGACCUGUGUUUCCGGUGCCAGAAGAGUAUCGAGGAGGAUUGUUUCCGUUUCGGAGAUCUCAUCUGGCAUAUCGAAUGUUUUGAGUGCUCCAACUGCUCCAGACGCAGCAGCACACACACCAGUCUGAGCGAGUUUAAUUUCAACCCUAAAAAACAACAGAUCCUGUGUGCCAGCUGCUCAUCAGACGAUGUGGACGCCCAGGCAGGCUUUAAGAAAGUCUCUCGAUACAUGCAGCUGAUCUAUCUGCUGAAAAUUGCCUUGAUCAGAUCCAGACAUGCCAUGCUCAAACGCGGUAUCAUCGCCAAGACACCACCGCAGGUGCUUCUGUCCUCCGACUCCUACGACCAGCAUGUGACCGAUAUCAAGCGGAUGCGCUCGAAGCGUCAGAAACAGCGGAUAGGCACUGCAUCUGCCGAGGCAAGAAAGUCGAUUAUUUUGGAGGCUCCCGAGGCAUCAUCUGCGGGCAUGGAGAACGUGGACCCGGAGUCUGGGAAAUCGCUAUCGUCCCUCACGGCGUCGAAGUUUUUGAAGAAAGAGCGGUCUUUGGGUCGCAAAGGCUCGAAAAGACUUCGGAUUGAGGACGUUCCUAUGAAGACGAAGCCGCAGUCCACGAAUCUCGACGUGACCUCGAAUUUGCUGAAAAACGAGAAAGGCCUCACGUUGGACGACAUUCCCCGGAUUGUUUCGUCGGAGCAGGCACGCGAGCACCGUCCCAACGCGUUCAGGUUCCAGAAAAGAGCCUACACGCCGGCUAGCUCGACGAUUCCUGCUCCGAAAGCUGUUAGGAACAAAGGUUCCGACUCGGGUCAGAUAACUUCAGCCACACGAAGCGUUUCUGGCGCUCCGUCGUCUCCUCUACCGCAAUUUAAGACGCCGUCUCAGACCGUCGCCAAAUCGCAACGGACGCAGGAAAGCGCUUCUUCCGCGCCAACUUCUGCCGUUCGCUACUCUGAAUUUUCUAAAAAAGACAACGAAUACCUGCAACACAUUGCAGCAUUUGCAUUGCACAAGCUCAUGGGAGACACUCUGUCUCUGGAAGACUGUGUCUCGUUUAUUUCUGUGAAAAAAAGUACCUCGUUCUGGGAGAGGAUGUUUGGAGGAUCAGGAAACUCUAAAAAAUCUACCAACAAAGUAUUUGGCUGUCCGUUGGAAGAGUUGGUCGAGAAAUGUGGCGUUGAGAGUGAUCUGGGAAUUGGUCCGCAGAAGCUCAAAGUGCCGAUGCUUGUUGACGAGCUCAUCAACGUUAUGCACACAAUGGAUCUUUCUGUGGAGGGUGUGUUCCGCAUAAACGGUAACAUCAAACGUCUCAGACAACUAACGGAGGAGAUAGACUCAAAUCCACAGCAGGUUCCUGAUUUCUCCAAGGAGACGCCUAUCCAACUGGCCGCGUUGCUUAAAAAGUUUACCAGAGAAAUGCCUGACCCAUUGCUCACUUUCAAGCUGUACGAUCUGUUUAUCUUGUCACAGAAGUUUGGAGACGACGCCAAUAAAAAGGACAGGAUCCUGAAGCUUGCCUACUGCAUGCUUCCGAAAGCUCACAGAGACUUGGCAGAGGUGUUGCUCUCUUUCUUCAACUGGGUUGCAUCGUUCUGUCUGAUUGAUGAAGAAAAUGGGUCUAAGAUGGACGUCCACAAUUUAGCCACCGUGAUUACGCCCAACAUUUUGUACGAAAGGCCCAAGACGGAUCCCAAAGACAUCCCUACAAGCUCUGUGGAGCUAGUGCCGCAGGGAGAAAACCACUUUUUGGCCAUCGAGGUAAUCAACACGCUGAUUGAAACGCAGGACGAGUUCAGCAUCGUUCCAAAAGAUAUUUUGCAGCUUUUCGAGCUUGGAGGGUUCAGCAAGUGCCAAGGCGAGCUGAAAACGAAGGACAUCCUUGCCAGAUGCUCCGCAGUGUGCAGCGAG